GAGAGCUUCGACAGUUCGUCAAUGCUCACGGUUUACCCUUUCGGGAAUCACUUUUCGCACCUUGUCUCUCCCUUGCUUCAAUAUGCAGCCUUAUUGGAGGUCUUGCCUGGCCCUGCUGGGUGCCAUUGCCAGUGCUCCCGUUCACGGCGUUAGCGAGGUCAAGAAUGUUGCCAUCAUAGGCGCUGGCGCGGCGGGCUCCUCGGCGGCGUACCACCUCCAGAAAUAUGCCGAGGAAGAGGGCUUAUCUAUCAACAUCACCAUCUUUGAAAAGACGAAUCAUAUCGGUGGCCGCACUCUCACGGUCGAUGCCUUCGAUGAACCCGCCCAGCCGAUUGAGCUGGGUGCAUCCAUCUUCGUCACCAUCAACCACAUCCUGUACAAUGCAAGCCAGGAAUUCAACCUCCCCAUUGGCGAGCCCCACGCACAAGAGAAAGGCGCCAUCACUGCUAUUUGGAAUGGCGAGAAGUUUGUCUUUGAGACGGCCGAGGGUGCCUCGUGGUGGUGGGAUGUCGCGAAGAUGUGGUGGAAAUAUGGGUUGGCGCCGUACAAGGCGGUUCAGCUCGUCAAGAGCGUCGUCGGAAAGUUCGCGCAGAUGUACGAGGCGCCGCAUUUCCCAUUUCAGUCACUCACCGAGAAGGCAUUCGAACUUGGCCUACUGGAUGCUACCGGGGUAACUGGAGAGCAAUUCCUCGCUCAGAACAAUAUCGAUGCUCGAUUUGGUCGUGACAUUUUGCAAGCUGCGACAAGAGUCAACUAUGCCUCCAACUUGGCUUAUAUCCACGGUCUGGAGACCAUGGUAUCUUUUGCCACAGAUGGUGCCGUCGCGGUUCAGGGCGGCAACUGGCAAAUCUUCGAGAAAAUGGUGCGCGCAAGCGGAGCAUCCGUGUAUCGCAACACAUCAGUAGCAUCCCUCUCGACGAUCAAGAAGAAGACCAAUGCCUCUUCACCCAAAUACCUCAUUUCAACAAUCGACAGCGGUGUAAAAUCAAGCUCUCCCGACGAAUAUGCGGUUGGAUUUGAUAACGUCAUUGUCGCAUCCCCUUGGCAAUUCAGCCACAUCAGUGCUGAAGAAGGGAUACUCCACCGCGAAAUUGACGAGAUCCCUUACACGAAGCUCCAUGUCACCCUAUUCGCCUCACCGCUGAAGCUCGAUGCCAAGUUCUUUGGGCUCGGGUUCGGAAGCAAAGCCCCGAGUAGCGUCUAUACGACACUGGCUGAGGGUGAAGAGCCCAAACAGGGAGCGGACGGUGUUGGUAGCACUGGAUUCUACUCUGUUAGCACCCUGGAAACGGUGGUCAACCCCAAGACUGGGAAGUUGGAGUAUGCGUACAAGAUCUUUUCUGCCCAGCCCGUGACUCCCGAGUUUCUAAGCAAGCUCUUGGGAACAGAAAUUCCCGAUACUUUUGUUGGUGCCAAUGGGGAGGAGGAUGAUGAGACAGUUGUCAAGCCUAUCUCGUGGUACUACCCGCACUGGUUCUACUCGUACCCCAUCCUCCUUCCUCGGGUCACCUUCCAGGAUCCCAUCGUUGGUGAUGGUGUUUACUACACAUCCGGUAUGGAGAGCUUCAUCUCGACCAUGGAGACAAGCGCCUUGAUGGGUAAGAACGUUGCUCGACUGGUUGCCGAUGACUUUGCUGGCAUUUCGAGAAAGGGCGCUGAGACAGCUCCUGGCGAGCCUAUUGAGGAGGGUCUCCGCGCGCAAAAGCCCGCCGAGCUCUGAUUGGAUAUGUUGAAUUCUUUUACUUCAUUGUGAGGGUAGCUUUCGAGAGCGAUACAGAGUUUUGCGACAGCUGUGAUGUGAUAGCAUUGAGAUUGAUUCGCUAGUAUAGCUAUACACAGACUAAUAUUUCGGACAUUGUUUGGCAGAAUUCAGAUAAAUUACCAAAAAUACUAUGCCAAUAACGGAAAGAGAAUACAUGUGCCUUCAACCAAUGACGAGCAAAUACAGCAACCUUACCCCGUAGGUAG